AUGGCUGCGUCAGGCGAUCGUCGGAGGUUUGUGCCUUCUGUCGACCUUGCAAAUGCUGUCGAUCAGGUCACUAUGGACGCUGAUAGCAACGAAGAACUUGGCCUGGACGGCGGCGAUGACGAUUGGUCCUCUGAGGAUGAAAGCGCUGCUGCUGACGACAUCGCUGACGAUGUUUUUGUCAAUGUCGACAUCGAUCCUGUCAGCAGUGACAUGAGUGAGAGCGAAACGGAAGACGCGAGUGAUGAGAGUGAUGGUGGAGAGCCUGGUGACUCGGCAAAGUCCCAUGUCCUCUUCAAUGAAGUGUUGCAGGCCAACGACGAUGGGUCUGAAGGCGAUUGGAAGAAAGCACACAACACGCCAUACAACCCUGCCUUCACUGCACAGCCAGGAUUGCAAGUGCCAGUGCCACCAGAGUCAAGUCCAUAUGAUUACGUCAAUUUAUUUUUGACGGAUGCAUUCUGGGACUUACUUGUCAACGAAACCAACCGCUACGCCGCUCAGUUCAUCGCCGCUCACCCCAACCUUCCACGACGAUCACGCUAUCGUGAUUGGUAUGAUGUUGAUGUGGGCGAGAUGAAGGUAUUCCUGUCGGUGCAUCUGCUCAUGGGCUUGCUGUGGAAGCCGGAGGUUGAUUUGUACUGGAACAAAAAAAAUCAACUCAUCUACACUCCAUCAUUUCCAGCUGCUAUGAAGCGAGAUCGCUGGGCGAUCAUCAUGUCGUUUCUCCAUUUCGCGGACAACGCAUCUGCAGCGGCAGCGGGUGACAAACUGCGCAAAAUCAGACCCCUCCUCACCCUGCUGGGCGACCGCUUCAGUUCUGUCUAUACCAUGGAGAAAAACAUUUCUAUUGAUGAGGAGCUCAUCCCAUGGAAAGGUCGCUUAGAUUUCAAGCAGUAUAUACCAUCAAAGCGGUCCAGAUUUGGCGUGAAAAGCUUCGCGAUAUGUGAGACAUCUGGGUACAUGGCCGGUUUCUCCGUGUACGUGGGAAGCGAGGCAGGCGGACUUGAUGCUGAUAUCGUUCGACAGAUUGGCAAGUCUGGGGCAGUUGUGGAGCGGUUGAUACGCCCUUACCUGAACAAAGGCUACAGGCUGUUCGUGGACAACUUUUACUCGAGUGUCGAGCUGCUGGACUAUCUGGAAACUCGUGGAACAGCUGUAUGCGGCACUGUGAGGAAAAACAGAAAGAGCCUACCAAAGCGGGUGGUGACGACGAAGCUGCGCACUCGAGGAAAUUUCUUGUUCCGAUCACGAAGAUCAGCUCUGCUUGUGAAACUGCUUGACAGCAAAGAUGUCUAUAUACUCACCAAUAUGUUCGAGCCGACCGUCACUUCUACCGGCAAAAGAGACCUGCAGCGCAAGGUGAUCAAGAAGCUGACGGCGAUUCAGCACUACAAUAAGCACAUGGGAGGAGUGGAUCGCAAUGACCAGCUGCUGUCUCACUACUCAGCACUCAGAAAGACAGUGAAAUGGUACCGCAAAGUCGCAACUCACUUCAUCGAGGUUGCCGUCCUAAACGCGUACAUUCUGUACAAGAAGCAGGGCGGGAAGCGCCGCCACCAUGAAUUCCUGUCCGCUGUCUUCACAGCCAUGAUGCGCGAUGGGAAAACACUGUCUGACUCCAGUACAGAUAGUGCACAAGAGCCAGCUAGCCCUGCUUCUGCUACUCCUGUCACCACACCUGCUGCUGCUACUCCUGUCACCACACAUGCUGCUGCUACUGCCGCUGCUGCUGAUGCAGUUGUUGCUCCAGCUGCUGCUGCUGCAGCUGCGGUUGCAGCUGCUCCGCCAGCCAUGCCGAGGGUUGUUGAGGAUAGACUGACCGGCCGCCACUUCCCAUCACUGGUUCCUGGCACACUCUCCAAGCCUGCUGGAAAGGCACAGAAGCGGUGUAUUGUUUGCCAGUCAAAGCGGCCUUCUGUCCGCCGAGACACCACCGUCUGCUGCAAGUCGUGCGCGUCAAUGCCUGGGCUGUGUGUUUCACCCUGCUUUGAACUAUAUCACACAAAGGAGAAGUAUUGA